UGUGUGUGUGUGUGUGUGUGUGUGUGUGUGUGUGUGUGUGUGUGUGUGUGUGUGUGUGGCUCCCAGGCUCCGUGGGAAAGCUGCAGCAGAGGAGGAGGAGGAGGAGGAGGAGGAGGACACACCGGUCACCAGUCCAGCCUGUAGCCGCCUCACGGGCCACCUGCCCCGGACUAUUUACCGGAGAGUCCCCGCUGGAAGAACAACUCCUGGAGGCUCCGAGGAAAACAUUUCUACACACUUUUAUUAUCUGUUUUAUCGAGAUUAUGAACCAGAAUCAGUGACUCUGGAUUGUGCAUCAUGCUCAACUCUUCCUGCUGAUGUUCUGGAUUCUCACUUUUGGAAACUAACCUCCAACUUUUUGCAUCAACUCCUGGAUUAAACAAACAAAUCUGCUAUAAUAUUCCUGUAAAACCUAAUAAUAAUAAUUACUCCGUGUCCUACUGGUGUUGUGGCAUUAUUUGCAUACAUUUAUUGUCUCAGAUAUAUUAGAAGAAUCGCGGGAAAUCACUUUUAUUGAGAGCUGUGGUAUAAAGCUCCGCUCCCCGGGGACAGACCGCAGCCCUGCCCGGCCUCCGAGCACCAUGAAGCGGCCGUGUGAGGACAGCAGCUCGGCUGAGAGUGACGCGGAGGAGACGAUCGAUGUGGGCAGUGAGAGCAUCUACCCGGGACACAUGAAGGCAUCCUUCAUCAGGUGUGGUUCUCCAACGACGACCACUCAGGUGAUGGCGAGGAAAAAACGCAGAGGGAUCAUCGAGAAGCGACGGCGAGACAGAAUCAACAGCAGUCUGUCAGAGUUACGGAGGCUCGUCCCCACCGCCUUCGAGAAGCAGGGCUCGGCUAAACUGGAGAAGGCAGAGAUCCUGCAGAUGACCGUGGACCAUCUGAAGGUGCUGCAGGCCACCGGAGGGAAAGGUUUUCUGGACGCCCACGCUCUGGCGCUGGACUUCCUGUCUCUGGGUUUCCGGGAGUGUGUGACGGAGGUUUCCCGCUACCUGAGCGCCGUGGAGGGCCUGGACUCCAGCGACCCCCUACGCUCCCGCCUCCUGUCCCACCUCGCCUCCUGCGCCUCCCAGCGUGACGCCGCCGCCGCCACCAUCACCAUGACCUCACACCACCACCACCUCCACCCCCAACACCUCCUCCACCUCCAGCAGCCUCACCACCUCCACCCCCAGCACUGGGCCGCCGCCGUCGCCACCGCCACCGCUUUCCGCCCUCUUCCGAUGUCUCCUGACGCCGGAGGAGGAGGAGGUGGAGCCCCCCAGAGGCUGGCGGAGCUGUCCCACCGCAGUGUGACCUCCUCCUUCUCCUCCUCCUCCCAUGCAGACUCCACCUCCUCCUCUCCUUCCUCCUCCUCCUCCUCCUCGUCUCUCGUGCUCCCCUGCACCCCUACUCCUCUCUCCGCCUCCCUCCUCUCGUUCCCCAUUGCCCUCCACGGAGGUUUCCCCAUCCUGCCGCCCUCCUCCUUCACCUGCACCACCAGCCCUCCCAUCUCUUCCUCCUCCUCCUCCUCCUCCUCCUCCUCCUCCUCCUCCUCCGUGACUCCUCUCAGCAGCAGCAGUAAGCCGUACCGGCCGUGGGGGACGGAGGUCGGAGCGUUUUAACCUCAAACACUUUGUCCACCAGUCGUCAGAUAUUAAGAACCGACUGGUUUUAACACCAACAAACUGCUUCUGUCUGUUAACUGUUUUUAUAACGUUUCCACCUGCUGAUUUCACACAACGACCAGCGUUUCUCUUGUAACAUGUUUUAAUAA